AACCAAGCUGAAUUUUCAUCGGUGAAACACUUGCUCAGCAUUUAUUUGUCUCUCUCACUCUCACAAUUUCAGAUCCACUCAAGAUCAAAAGCUAUCAACGCUCUUUUCCUCUCAACCACCCCUCUAUUCUAUUUUAAAAUACCAUGUCCAAGACAACACCCUCUGCUUCUUCCUCCUUCCAAUCGCUGGCUUCUCGAAGCAGCUUGCACUCCACCUUUCCAUCAGCUGCCGCAGCAAACAGUCAUACCGGUACCGGUAUGCAUGGCAGCAUUGGUGCAAGCAAUGGCAAUGACGGAAUCACAUUUGAGAAACUUCACAGUAUCAUUGAAGAGGCUCUGGCAUUGCUGGACGAUGAUUUGUUCCAAGAUGAUGACAUGCUCAUGUUGGAGUCCGAUGCCAGUCAAGACCAUGAGUUUGGACUGGACGCUGUACAAAGGAGACAAUAGCUUGAAGUUUUGGAAUUUGGAAUACAGUACAGUAUAAAUAAGAUAUUUUAUUAAUAUUGUAGCUUGAAGUUUUGGAAAUGUAAACACUUUAAUAAUGCAUCCUAGCUAUGAACUUGAGUAGCCGG